AUGGAACCGAUCGAUACGAAAGAAGAGCCCAGAGAAACCUUUAUGUAUCAUCUGGAGACAUUUUCCAACACCAUUAACAAUAUGGUGAUAGGAUACGUUACGUUUUAUUUAUCGUAUUUUUCCAAUAGCGAAGGACUCGGACAACUCUUCACGUGGAACAUUUUUCUAUACUCCAUCAGUUAUCAGUUUUUCAUGGCUGAAUCACUGCUCACACUCUAUUCGGCGAACUCGUGGACGAACUCGUUACUAUACAACAACCAAGUGCCUCUUGCAUUGGACUUUGCAAGCCUAUUUUCUUUGCAUUGUAAUCGAUUUUUUUCUAAAAAAGGAUGCAGGUCGACAACACUACCUCAGAAAACAAAAUUUUUGGUAUCUUGUUUUUUAAACACUUUCUUAAAGCCUGUGAACGUGAAGAAGAACCAUUACUUGACCGGCAUUUUGGCAUUUGUUAUCGAGGGGAAACCGUCUAUGGCGUUAGAGUACUCACCACGUAGUAUAUCGUUGCAGCAUAAAAAUAUGCUUAUCACAUUCACAACGACAACAAUCGCGCUUACGCUCGCAGGGAUAUUCAAAAAUCAUGUUUAA